GCCCGUAAGUGAACCCGAACCGGGUAAAUUAUUCCUCUUUCACUGACAUUUGAUCUCUCCCAUUUUCUCAACCUCAUUUUCCGUCGAUUCACUCACAAAGCCAUGCCGGAAUCCGACGAACAACCACCGCCGUCGACGCCGUCAACGGCGUCCACUCCACCUGUUUACAUACAUCCGCGAAGAGAACCUUUCGAACACGGACUUCUCCCUAUCCCUAAACUUAUCUUCACCGAUGGAGCCCAAACUCUUAUUCCAAUUCGUGAUAAGCUCUUAUCCUUAUCAUCUGGAUCGACACAUCGAGUUAAUUUUGAAGCAAUUGCUGAAGCAUUUCAGAUCUCUCAUGACCAUGCUCGUCUUGUCAUUGAGACAAUCGCAUCGGUUCUUCAUUCCGAUUCUGAUCCCAGCGUCACUGCUAAGCCGUCAGAGAUCGAUUCCGUUGGUGUAAACGUGUUUGAUUUGAUGAUGUUUUUGUACAUUCAGAGUUAUAAAAGGUUGCUUCCUAAAGGACAUAAGGAUUCCGCUGCAGUAGCUGAUGUUUGGCCUUCUACUUCUGCAUUCGACGGUUUCUUAUCGGCUCUUUCGCCGUUGCAGCUUGUGCGCAGCAAUAGUCGUCGGUCUAUGCCAUCACAGGCUGAUGAAGAGGCUCAUCAAUUAUCCUAUUUACAGAAACACUUGGGAAACAUUCUGUCUCUUUUGGCAGAGUCAGUGGAAGGAGAUGGUGAAGAGUCACUGGUCUUGUCUAUGGAGAAAUUGGAGCAUCUUGGCUUCCUAAUCUAUUUUGGUGAAAAAGGAUCUGAGAGAAUCCCAUUGAGUCAGAAUGCCCCAUUUUUUGCCAAUUCAGAUCCAGAGAUGCCUGCUGUUCCUGUUCCUGCAGCUCAAGUACAUGACUGGCUUAUAGAAAAUAUAGCCUCUGCUUUGACUCGAAUUACCGAGAGGGCUUCAGCAAAGGAAAAUGGACCAACUAGUGCCUCUGAUCAGGAUGUGCCAAUGGCUGAUGUCUCUGCAAGUUCAGUUAAGAGUUCACCAGGUCCUAGAGGUCCAAGUUCCAUUGAAGGAAUUUCUAAAUCAUCAUAUGUAAGGCUGCCAAAUGAUAUUAAAGGCUCCUCUGUAAAGGUUAUCAAUUGCCAUGAAUCAGUCAUUUAUAUUUUAGCUCCUUUGAAAUAUGCGACAGUAUAUGGAUGCUCUGAUGCAACUAUUGUCCUGGGAGCUGUAGGCAAGGCUGUCAGAAUUGAGCACUGUGAACGUGUUCACGUGAUUGCAGCAGCUAAACGUAUUUGUAUUGCCAAUUGUCGUGAAUGCGUAUUCUUCUUGGGAGUUAACCAAACACCACUUCUUGUUGGUGAUAACCAUAAAUUGCAAGUGGCUCCAUACAAUACUUUUUACUCGCUACUGGAGGAACACCUGAAGCAAGUUGGUGUUGACCCAACCAUCAACAGAUGGGAUGCACCUGUAGCACUUGGUGUCGUUGACCCACAUGAUUCACUGUCACAUCCUGCUGGUGUGUCUGAAGUUCAAACGGAGUCUGCUAGUCCUGUGGACCCUGAUCAGUUCACUAACUUUUUGAUUCCAAACUGGUUUGAAGGGCAGCAAUCUGGGUCCACAAAAGAUAAUCCAUUCCCCUUACCGGAAGCUUAUUUGGCAUCCCAGCAGAGAAAUCUCAAGAACUUGGAGGAGACUAAGAAUAGUUUGAAGGACAUCGACCUUGACGAGAGCCGGAAGCGGGAAGUAGCAGCUGCUCUCCAUGUGUGCUUUAAAGACUGGUUAUAUGCUUCAGGAAAUAUACGGCAACUAUACUGUCUUCAAGGCGAAUAGUGUUCUGCACGAUGUUUCAGCAAAUGUAGUAAGGAUGGUAUUGGUAAUUUUCCCCUUCUGUUGUAGAUUUCAGUUUCAUCUGCCACAGGUUCCUCCCUACCAUUUUUGUUGGUGCUGAAAGCAGCCGAGAGUUUGAUGGUAUCGCAAUAUUUGGCCAUGCAGCUUACAGACAAGUUACCCUCUAAAACUCUUGUGCAGUUUAUAACCAGAAUGCAUCAUGACUUGAAACCGUGUUACAUUUUUUUUCGAAAUUGAACUGUCUUGUACUAAUAUGGAAGUCAAAAUAUUUAUAGUUUCCAGUUUCCCCUUUUU